AUGCGGCCGCCGGGGAAGGUGGCGGCCGUGACGGCGCCGAGGCUGGAGGGCCGCCAUAAGCCCAUCUACCACGCGCUGAGUGACUGCGGAGAUCAUGUGGUCAUAAUAAAUACAAGACAUAUUGCCUUUUCUGGUAACAAAUGGGAACAGAAAGUGUACUCCUCACAUACUGGAUAUCCUGGUGGUUUCAAACAAGUCACAGCAGCUCAGCUCCAUAUGAAAGAUCCAACUGCUAUUGUUAAACUGACUAUUUACAGAAUGCUUCCAAAAAACCUUCUAAGGCGAACGAUGAUGCAGAGGUUGCACCUGUUCCCAGAUGAUGUUAUCCCAGAAGAUAUCGAGAAAAAUCUUUUGGAAGAGCUUCCUCAACCACGUGCAAUCCCUAAGAGGUUAGAUGAAUAUACGCCAGAAGAAAUUGCUGCCUUUCCAAUGGUUUGGACUCCACCUAAAGAUUUUCGAAGAAAGUAGCAAUAAAAGAAGAA